AAUCACCUCCCUCCAGUAUUUCUUUGGCCUACCUCUACCCCUCCUAAAGCCAUCCAAAGCAAGCCUCUCACACCUCCGGACUGGGGCAUCCGCACUCCUCAUCACAUGGCCAAACCAUCCAGUCUUCCAUCCCGCAACUUGUCUUCCACUGAAGCCACUCCCACCUUCUCCCGAAUAGUCUCAUUUCUUACUCUGUCACCUCUAGUAAGCCCACACAUCCAACGCAACAUUCUCAUUUCUGCCACCUUCAAUUUUUGUAUGUGCGAGUGCUUGACUGGCCAACCCUCCGCACCAUACAACAUGGCCGGACGGACUGCCACUCUAUAGAAUUUGCCUUUAAGCUUAAGGGGCACCUUCUUAUCACACAACACUCCCGAGGCUAGCCUUCACUUCAUCCAACCUGCUCCAAUACAUUUAGAGACAUCUUCAUCAAUCUCACCAUUCCCCUGUAUCGUAGACCCGGUAAUACUAUAAACUAUUUAUUCGUAAUCAUAGACAUCAACAAAACACUACGAACAAAAAACUACUUAGGCAUAGAUACAAAUAAAACACUCUUCCCUACUAUUUCAGAUGUACUCCUACCCACUAACUCUCUACCCUAAUCCGCAUCCUCCACACCUUCCUAUGUAUUAAAACUCAUUUUAAUUUGAGUAAUUUUUUCACCAAUAAAUAUAAUUCAACUUGGUCACUAAUAAUUUUGUUGUCUUCUUACAUAAUGUGUAUAUUUGUUGCCCUUGAAAUUCAUAGAGACAUGUCCUGAUAGGGACCAAAAACAAACCACAACAACAUACCCAGUGUAAGCCUACAAAUGGGAUUUGGGGAGGAUGGUGCAGUGUUGUGAAAAGCGCGGAAGCGCUCGCUUAAAGCUUGAAGUAAAGCGAAGCGACAGUGGGUCACUUUUUACACUUGAAGCGUUGGGGCGAGAAAAAUGCUCUUGCUUUAUGUCCAGAAGCGAGAAGUGCUGAAGCAAAAAAAGCGCAGAGAAGCUCGCUUAAGUGGAUAUUUAAGGGUUUAUUGCUUUAUUUAAUUUAUUUUUGUUAAAACCCUAAAGUGACUAUACGACUGCAUUGCUGUUGCUGUGACUUUUCUGGACUGCUGAAGGUAUGCGACUUCUUCUUUUCUAUUUCUCUUCUUCUUCUCGUAUUAGGGUUUUCUAUUUUUUUUUUUCUCCUUUAUUACUCUUUUUCAUCUCUGUUUUUUUUCUCUUCUUCUCUGUUUUCCAGUUCUGUUUUACUUUUUUUUGCUAUAGGCAAUCUGACUUCCAACUUUGUUUUUUCUUUGUUUUUUUUCUUCAUUUUUUUCUUCUUCUCUAUUUGUGUUGGUUGAUUACGACGUAAGACUGAGUUUUAGUAUUUUAGUAGUUUGCUUGAGUGCUUGUUAUGACUAUCUAUUCUCUUUUUAAUCUGAGUAUUGAAUGAUUAUGUUAUUUAUUGAGCUCUUGGUUAUUUAUUUAUGCAUGUUUAAUAUUUUUAAAUUUUGUACUAAAUAACGCUUUAAUGGAAAAAAGUGUGCGCUUCGCUUCACGCUUCUUUCUUUUGUGAAGUGAGCCCUCGUCGCUUUUUUUUCGCCUCUCGCUUUUCAAAACACUGGGGUGGUGGGUACAUAGACUUACCCUAUCUUGUGAAAGUAGAAAGACUGUUUCCGAUAGACCCUUGGCUCUAAGUAUAGCAUAAUAAAAUCAAGUAUCGAAAGGAAAAUAUAGUAGUGAAGCAGUCGUGCUGAACAUAAUGGAGAAGAGAAAUAGUAGCAACAACAUAAAAUAUGGUUAUGGAAACAAUGGAAACAACUGGUAAUCAUAAAAUUGAAGAACAAGAUAGUGUGUGUGUUACUAUCAUUAUUGCUAAGAGAGAGAAUGGAUCAUGCUCGACCACCUUCUAACCUUCUACACGUUCUUUGUAUCGAACUCCGAGUGUGAGCCUCUAUUUCAUCCACCCCACACAAAUACGAUGUGAAAUAUCAUCAUCAAUCUCCCAUUUCCUUGAUUAUUGACCGAUUAUUGACCCAAGAUACUUGAAACUUCCUUUUGAUAUUAAACCCAAAAUAUGACCACCAAAAAUGAGAUAAGGUGAACGAGACAUAAUGAAGUACAUGACAUGGCAUAAGCCUCUUCAGCAUUUUGAGACCACCAAAAAUGAGAUAAGGUGAACGAGACAUAAUGAAGUACAUGACAUGGCAUAAGCCUCUUCAGCAUUUUGACAAUAUACAAUCUCUUUGGGACGCGAGAUGUCUAAAUGAGAGAAUGUAAUAAAUGCUAAUACUACCACUAAACAUAAGUGGGGCUCACCGGAGAAAGGUGGUGCUCAAACUGCGUCAUCCAGCUGUACCGUUUGAUCUAUAAAGGAAUCAACAAAGAAGAUGGAGUGAGUACAUACGUACCCACAAGUCUCAUGAUCAUUCGAAUUUUCUCAUAAAGGUGGGGCAAGUAUUUUUUGUAAGAAAACAUGCAUUUAAUAUAAAGAUCAUUCUUUAGUAAAGCUAGGUUAAUAAUAAUAAAAUUCAAAGCAUAAACAUGUAGUAAUCAUUUUUAAUCCCCUUUUGAAAUCCACCUAUUGCCCCUAGGCCAAAAAUAUAAUCUUAUACCGGGGUGGCUCUACGUAUAUAUUGACAUGUCACGAACUUCAUCCAACCGUAAUGUCGUAUGUAGGGGUGUAGAUAGGUUGGGUUGGUUUGGUUUUUCAUUUACCAAACAAAGUCAAUUGUCUCAGUCUUUUACAUUUACAAACAAAACAACAAAAAUCGGGUUUCUCAAUCUUAGUUUUUCUUGAUUUUUUUUUUCCUCAUUUUUUUUUUAUUUUUUUUCCUACCAGGCUCCAUAGCACAUAGCAUGUAACUAAUGCUCCAAUUGUUUCUUUGGUCCUAAUAAGAUACAACAAUUAAAAGGUUCUUUCCAAGAAAAUAAGAAAAAAUGUUAGAUGAGUCUUGGGAUUAUGGUAAAAUAUAGUAUCACUAACAAAAAGGAUAAUGAAAUCCCAUUAUAGAAUUACUACUAAUAGCAUAAUGAAAAUGAACAUAGUCUAAAAAUACUAAUCAUGCUAAGAUAUGUACUACUAAUAAUUAUUAAUUACACGAUUAAAGAUUAAAGACAAAUUAAACUAAGCCGUGCAUUUUCUCUGUCUAAGCGAGUACAAAACCAAAAGAAGUUAUCCAAUGCUAUUGCCAUUCCCCAUUCUGAAUUAAAUUUCUUUUGUUUAGUAUUGAUUUGAUUUUGAUUUGGGCUUUUCAUUUGAGUUGUAUAAAUUUAUGUGCUAUGAAACUUAUUGGACCAUUCAAAAGUUUCAGGUUCAAAUCGGAAAUAAUAUGUUAAAGCCAAAACCUAUUAAAAGUUUAAGAAAUACUUAUAAAUUACUUUGGUACUUCGAAGGUUGGAAUGAUUUCUAUUGGAAUAUUAAGCUUCUUUGCAGCAGAUUCAGCCACAAAAUUAUGCAUUGUACUAUCUAUAAGGAUCAAGACUUGUCACUGGCUGGUUGACCCUUGAAGUUUCAUUGUAACACCGACGGAGGUACCCAAAAUUGCAUGAAUAGAAAUUUCGAAGAAGUCACCUUUUGAUGAUUCAAAAUCGUCAACAUUAUUGUCUAGUUGUUCAAUAUCCUUGAACUACAUUAGUGAAAAAAUUGUGGAUUUAUAUUUGUCUCGGAGCAAAUUUUCAUAACAAUGGUAACAGAGUCCUAUUAAGAUUUGGGAGAGGGUGGCCAAGCGGAGAUUGGGAGGGUCGUGUCUAUUUCGGAGAAUCAGUUUGGAUUUAUGUCUGGUCACUCGACGAAGAGGCAAUCCACCUGGUGAGGAGAUUGGUGGAGCAGUAUAGAGAAAGAAAGAGGGAUUUACACAUGGUGUUCAUCGACCUGGAGAAGGCGUAUGACAAAGUCCCUAGGGAGGUUAUUUGGAGAUGCUUGGAGGUGAGAGGGUCCUGGCGGUGUACAUCAGAGCUAUUAAGGACAUGUACGAUGGAGGGAAGACUCGGGCGAGGACGGCAGGAGGAGACUCAAACAUUUUCCGGUCGAGACAGGGUUGUAUCAGGGAUGGACUCUCAGUCCGUUCCUGUUUGCGCUGGUGAUGGACGUGUUGACGCGGAGUAUUCAAGAUGAGAUGCCUUGGUGUAUGUUAUUUGUAGAUGAUGUAGUGCUGAUUGAUGAGAUGCGGGGGCGUGUGAAUGAAAAAUUGGAGGUUUGGAGGCAAAUCCUUGAAUCUAAGGGGUUCAGGUUGAGUAGGUCCAAGAUGGAGUAUAUGGAAUGCAAGUAUAGUGACUUGAAGCAGGAGGACGAAGUGGUGGUGAGGUUGGAUUCCUAGGAUGUUUGUAAGAGGGAUAGUCUUAAAUAUCUUGGGUCUAUGAUUCAGGGGAAUGACGAGAUUGAUGAGGAUGUCUCUAAACGUAUUGGAGCAGGUUGGAUGAAGUGGAGGCUCGCCUUGGGAGUGUUUUGUGAUAAGAAAGUGCCCCUAAUGCUUAAAGGCAAGUUCUACAAAGUGGUAGUCCGUCCGGCCGGCCAUGCUGUAUGGUGCAGAGUGUUGGCCAGUCAAGAACUCCCCCACAUUUAAAAAUUGAAGGUAGCAGAAAUGAGAAUGCUCCAUUGGAUGUGUGGAUUUACUAGAGGGGAUAGAGUUAGGAAUGAGAUUAUCUGGGAGAAGGUGGGAGUGGCUUCGGAGGGAAGACGAGAUGCGGGAUGGAAGGCUGAGAUGGUUUGGGCAUGUGAUGAGGAGGGGCCGGAUGCCCCAAUUCAUAGAUGUGAAAGGCUAGCUUUGGAUGGUUUCAGGAGGAGUAGCGGUAGGCCGAAGAAAUACGAGAGAAAGGUGAUUAAACAUGACAUGGAGCAGUUACAGCUGACUGAGGACAUGACCUUAGAUAGGAAGUGUGGAGGUCGCGGAUAAGGGUAGAAGGCUAGUGCGUGUGUGGGUUAUAACGACAUGGUUUGGACAUGUGAUGAGGAGGGGCACAGAUGCCCCAGUUCGUAGGUGUGAGAGGCUAGCUUUGGAUGGUUUUAGGAGGAGUAGAGGUAAGCCAAAAAAAUACUGGAGAGAGGUGAUUAGACAUGACAUGGAGCAGUUAUAGCUGACCGAGGACAUGACUCUAGAUAGGAAGGUGUGGAGGUCGCGGAUAAGGGUAGAAGGCUAGUGCGUGUGUGGGUUGUAACUAGUAGUUAGGGAGCUCUUGUGUAGCCGGGUUAGUAAUCCUAGGACUGUGUCUAUUGGUAGGAGCCACUAGUGUAUGCUACUACUAGGUGGGUGUCCUUUUCUUAUUUCUUAUUUCCUGUUUCUUAUUUUCGUAUUGCUCUUAUUUCGUAUCUCUCUCAUUUCUAUUUUUAUUAUUUCUUAUUUCUUAUUUCGGUUAUUUCACCCCUCCUGUUUCAUGUAUUACUACGACCUUGUUAACUAUUCUCUAUCUUGAGUCGGGAGUCUAUCGGAAACAACCUCUCUACUUCUUCGGAGGUAGCGGUAAGGACUGCGUACAUUUUACCCUCCCCAGACCCCACUUGGUGGGAAUACACUGUGUUUGUUGUUCUUGUUGGUAACAGAGUCCUAUGACCAUCUGAUUUUUGCAUGCAACAUCCUUACUUGGAUUUCCUGUGGUUGGAAUGUUGUCUGGCUGGUCAGUAAAGAGCUUUUGGCGUAUUGAUUUGCGGUGGAAGGAGAGUUCCUGAUGUGUUUUUGGCAAAAGGUGUUUGUAAGUUAAGCUUGUUAAUUGUGGUCCAAUUUGACCCUCUGGUGCUAUAAUGUAGGCCUAAUUUUUGCUCAAAUUCAAGGGCUAAGCUCAUGACUCCAUACACUUCUCUUGGUUUCUGAAUUCUUACAUCAGAUUUUAAUUGCUCUGUAACCCAUUUAAGAGCUCACCAAUUUUAUAGUAUCUGGUCAAUUUGUGACUUGAUGAAAGCUUUGCAAAUUCUUGAACAAUACUUGUUGCUCGGAUACUAUAAGAUGUUUGUUCAGAUUUUGGUCUUUGUAUUACCGAAUGUUCCUGCAACUCCUUAACAAGUUCAUCCUAUUUGAUCUCGCUUAAUCCAAGAGAAGAGGUCAAGUGUCUCCUUCAAGAUGCAUCAUUGUGAUAGCUGACUUUAUGAUCAUCCGAACUUUGAUACUAACACAAACAUUUUUCUGCCUUCAAAAUCCCUCCUCUGAGAUCACUGCCUUCAAAUUGGGAGUCCCAUACUUGUAUGUAGUCUCCGGGACCACCAUGGACUGCCAAUAUCGUCAUCUUCUUGCCAAAUGGAUUUUCCUCGGGUUGACUGCCUCUACGACAAUGCACCUAUGCUGGAGUAGAUUUUUGACAGAUCAGCUGAUGAAAAUUCAAGUUGUUAAUGAGGUCAACAAGGAUUUUGUGAUUGAGGCGCUAAGAUCAAUUGCAGAGUUGAUAACAUAUGGUGAUCAGCAUGAUGCUGCCUAUUUUGAGUUUUUCAUGGAGAAGCAGGUGAUGGGGGAGCUUGUACGUAUAUUAAGAAUUAGUAGAACUGUUAUUGUUUCGCUUCAGUUGCUGCAGACAAUGAGUAUUGUGAUCCAGAACUUAAAAAAUGAGCAUUCUAUUUAUUACAUGUUUAGCAAUGAGCACAUUAAUCACCUUAUAACAUAUUCUUUUGACUUUCGUAAUGAAGAGCUGUUGUCUUAUUACAUAUCCUUUCUGAGAGCAAUAAGUGGAAAGUUGAACAAAAACACCAUUUCUCUUCUUGUGAAGACUCAUAAUGAAGAAGUAGUCUCAUUUCCACUCUAUGUUGAGGCAGUACGCUUUGCGUUUCAUGAAGAAAGCAUGAUUCGAACUGCAGUACGUGCGUUAACCCUGAAUGUUUAUCAUGUUGGCGAUGAGGCUGUUAAUAAAUUUGUUGCCAGUGAUCCUCAUGCUGAUUAUUUCUCGAAUUUGGUCAAGUUUUUCCGGGAGCAAUGCAUCAACUUGGACAAGUUGGUUACUGCUUCAAAGUGUCUGGCUCCAGAUACCAGUGGUUCUAUCCUUUCUGCUGUUGAUGAGAUUGAGGAUAACCUCUACUACUUUAGUGAUGUUAUUUCAGCAGGGAUUCCAGACAUUGGGAGGCUUAUAACAGAGCUCAUGUUGAACGUGCUGAUAUUUCCAUCAAUAGUUCCUUCUUUACGGAUGGAAGUAGUUAAAGAUAGUGAUACAGUAAUUGGAACCACAACUUCAUUGUAUUUACUUUGUUGCAUCUUGCGCAUUGUUAAGAUAAAAGAUUUGGCGAAUAUUGUUGCUGCUGUUCUUCUUUGUGAUAUAGAAACAUUCGUCCCAAGGUCUGAAGCUAAACUGAAUGGUUUCAUGGCUAACCACGAUAUGUCACAUGAAAAUCAAGAUUCGGAAAAUGGUGGCUUCAGCUCAGAUUCUGAUGGUCAAAGUAUACGGGUUUUAAUUCCAAACAUAUCCAACUCUUUAAAUGGUGACCCAGAAGAGCAACCAUAUCACGAGAGUAAAUAUUCUGCGUUAAGGGAGGCCUUACUUUCUUAUAUUACCACUGGUGAUGAUGUUCAAGUUUCGGGUUCUUUAAGCAUGCUGGCUACACUAUUGCAGACAAAAGAGCUGGAAGAAUCAAUGCUUGACGCUCUUGGAAUUCUUCCACAAAGAAAACAACAGAAGAAACUCUUGUUGCAAGCUUUGGUUGGUGAAGGAUCCGCUGAAGAGCAACUUUUUUCCUCAGAAAAUAUAGUAAAGGAUGAAAUAGGUAGUGAAAUGGACUGCUAUCUCCAAAAGUUGAAGGAGCAAUACGGAUUGUUAUGUGUGUGCAAAGAAGUUACAGUGAGUCCUCGUAUACAGAGACUUCAAGUACUGGAUGCAUUAGUCAGUCUAUUCUGCAGGUCAAAUAUCUCCGCAGAAACAUUGUGGGAUGGUGGUUGGCUUUUGCGCCAGUUGCUUCCAUACAGUGAGGCGGAUUUUAACAGUCAUCAUCUUAAAUUAUUGAAAGAUUCAUUCCACAGUUGUACUAGCAGUAUUCUUGAUGAAACAAAAGGAACUUGGCCUGAUCUGCUAAUUAUGGUACUUUGUGAUGAGUGGAGGAAGUGCAAAAGAACUAUUGAAGCUUCUUCUCCAAGGAAAGAUCCCAAAUCAAUGCUUUUGCCAUCACACAAGUCCCUUUCUGAAGAACUCACUUCUGGGGAAUCAUCUUUUGCUUCUGGUGAAAGAUUGUUCGAGAUUGUUAAGGUGUUUGUACUACUUCAUCAGCUUCAUAUUUUUUCAGUUGGAAAAGUGUUACCAGAUCAACCUCUUAUACAUCCUACUGUUGAAGUCAUGGAAACAUCCCGAGCAAAAAGGGCUGGCGUUGACAGUUUGGGUCCAAAACCAAGCAUUGAAUUACGUCUUGUUGAUGCGGUUCCUUGCAGAAUUGCAUUUGAGAGGGGCAAAGAACGUCAUUUCCACUUUCUAACCAUCUCUGUAGGAAUUUCUGGAUGGCUUAUCCUUGCAGAUGAAUUACCUGUGAGGCCAAGUUUUGGUGUGGUUCGUGUAGUGGCGCCUUUGGGUGGUUGCAAUCCCAGAAUUGAUGAGAAGCACAUGAGAUGGUUACACCUUCGAAUACGUCCAUCCUCUUUCCCUUACAUAGAUGCUGCGAAGCAUACUGCCCAUGCUAAAGUUAAGUCAAAAGCUUUGGUCGAUGGGCGGUGGACUCUGGCUUUUCGAGAUGAGGAUUCUUGCAAAGCUGCUUUUUCUAUGAUUGUUGAAGAGCUAAAUUUACUGAGCAAUGAGGUUGAGAGAAGAGUAAAACCUAUGCUUGACAUUGAAAGAACUGUUGAUACUUCAACAAAAUAGACAGGGAUUUUUGAGAUUUUCACCAGUUUGAUAUUUCACUCUCUCUACCCCAAUACCAUUUUACAGCAGGGGACGGAGAUAAUAUUAAGCUUUACCACCCUUCUGUACAUGUUUAAAGGAAGCCCUAGGUGUGUGUAAAUUAGAGUAUGUGAUAGAGCCCAUUCUUGUAUAUUAGGUCACAGUUGCCAUUUCUGAUUUGCUAACCUCACUAUCAUGUAUGGGUCAAUUCUUUAGUUCUUUGAAUCCUUCUUCCUCACAUAUGUAAAGAUGUUGUAGAAACCCCGCAAAAAGUAAAAGUUGUGAGCCAGCUUCUGUUUUCUCGAAGUUUGCUCAGUUUUUAGA